AUGAAACGUCCAUAUGAAAAAGACAGAGACGAUCGUCGGCCAUCACAACAGCAAACGCAACAGCAACAACAACAACAAAGUGAAGAGCCACCCCUUCACCGAAAAAAAUUAUUCCAUCUUUCUACUGACGAAGAACAAAGAAGCAGUGAAACCAACAGCAGCAAUACGAAAGGAACUGGCACAUUGGUAGCUCAACAUUACAAUGAGCGUCCCGAUGUAGGGGUUGAAAAACGAAAAGAAUCUCGCAUCAUUCGAUUACGUAGCUUUAAUAAUUGGGUCAAAAGUGUUUUGAUUCAAACGUAUUGCACCAGCAACAUUGGACGUCAUAAUUACCGAUCACAGCAUCACGGCGGCAGCGGAAAAGUCGUCUUUGAUAUGGGUUGUGGUAAAGGAGGCGAUCUCAACAAAUGGUCCAAAGCACGUAUUUCACAUCUGGUCGCGGCUGAUAUCGCCAGUGUAUCACUGGAACAAAUGCAAGAUCGAUACAAAAGCCUGCGUCAACGUCCCACGUUUACAGCUGAAUUUCAUCCCAUGGAUUGCUUCUCAGAACUCAUUGCUCCCAGACUUUCUCGACCCAACCUGCAAUUCGAUUUAGUGUCCAUGCAGUUCUGUCUGCAUUACGCUUUUGAAAAUGAACACAAGGCAAGGAUUAUGCUGGAAAAUGUGACAAAGAACCUGCGAAAGGGAGGUUAUUUUAUUGGUACAAUACCGGAUGCUCACUGGAUUGUGAAGAGAGUAAGACAAGAACCGAAAGGGACGAGAGGGUUUGGAAACUCGAUUUAUAGUAUUACAUUUGAGGAAAAUAGUAUCAAAGAAGAUGAAAAGGGUUAUAAGACUGGGUUCGCGCCUUUUGGAUGUAAAUACAUGUUUCAUUUAGUGGAUGCAGUAGACUGUCCAGAAUAUUUAGUCCACUGGGGAACGUUUGAAAGAUUGGCAAAAGAAUAUAAUUUACGACUCAUAUUAAAACAAAACUUUCAUGAGUUUUACGCAACGCAGUCCAAAAAUGAAGAGUUUGCACGAUUGCUCAGUCGAAUUGGAGUGAUAGGCAAUAAUCCUAACAAUCCCAAUGUGCAAGAAGAAAUGUCAGAAGAAGAAUGGGAAGCAGCUGGUAUCUAUUUAGCAUUUUGCUUUGAAAAGGUGUAG